AUGAUUGUAAAAAUAUCUACUACAAUAUUUUAUCAAUUUCAAAUUAUUUUUGGUGAAGUUAGAACAUUUUUUCCAAGAAAAACAGUUAUUUGUUAUGGAUUAGUAAGAUUCUUUGGUGAUGAAGCUUGCCAAAUUUCAACUAUUCUAAUGAUAUAUGUUAUGAUAGAAUUUUUUUUUAUACUAUAUGCUCUCAAUGGACAAUAUAAUACUAUUUGUAGAAAAACAUCAUUUCAUGAUAAUAAUAGUAUACAAAUAUUUAGUUUUUUAUCUCUUACAAUAAUGAUAAUAUUAUUUUUUGCAUUGUUUAUGCUUUCGUACAUUUCUAGAGACGAAGCAAUUUCACAAAUAUAUAUGAAUUAUAACGAUACAAAAGCAUUUGUCAAUGAUAGUUAUGCUAUUGCUGCUUGUGGUGAAUCAAAAAUGAAUUUUUUUAUGGGAGUUAUGAUUGUUUCACUAAUUUUUUUCAUUAAUUAUAUUUCACACUAUACAUUUUUAUUUGUAACAAUGUCAAUUUUUACAAUUGGGGUAAAAAAUUUAAGCAAAGAAUCUAUAAUUCAGAAUCAAUAUACAAAAAGGCUUACUCAUCAUUUAAUAAGUGUUGCUUUACCUAUAGUGAUUGUUUUAUUACCAUUAAUGAAUCUUAUAUUUUGUAUCUAUUUUAUGAAUGAUGAGGAACAUUUUUGGAUAACAAAAGUUACAACAAACUCACUAAUUAAGCCUUAUGAUAUUUUGAAUGGAUAA